UACAAGGUGAAGGGGAAAAUGGCAUAAAUAAACAAGCGUGAAAGGGCGAACCACUUGAGAUUCCCCAGUCUAAACAUACCAUCACUCAAACCCAUUCAAAAUUAAAUCCUGUUUAAACGGAAACAACAAAAAAAAAAAAAAACACAGCCUGUGACUGCACGUUGUCAAAGAUACGAUAUGUCUUCCCCAAAAGAUCAGAGAAGUCGUUGCCCUUUCGACAGAAAAAGAAUAUAAAAACCAAGAAGAAGUGGUCCAUUCCAUUCCAGGCCCCUGCCUUGGAGUUUAUUUUUGUUUAAGGCGCAAAUUUGAUUUCCUACGGAGUCUUUGUGGUUUAUAUUUAGGACCAAAGACACAAGAUACCACCGAGUAAUGGCUGGUAUCGAUUUUCAUAUUAGUCGAGAAUUUGCUAAGUGAAUUUUAAUUGAAAAAGUCUGGGAAUCAAAGAACCAGGACCGCCCCUUAGAUUAAGCAAUUAUCCAAAUCAAUUAGGACGUGCAUAUAUAAGGGCUGAUACGGCAUUCGAUGGAUCAAUCAAAGCUGAGGCUAUUCUGCCCAUGGAUCUCGACCGAAUUCGUCCAGUGCGGUUCCUGCUCCGCAUACUCCGGUGGUCCCGGGUCUGGCCCGCCUCCGGAGGACCGGCACCGCAGCGUGGUUGGACCAACUGGGAGGGCUAUCUUCUGCAUAGCAGCUUAACCUUAAUCUUCGUGGUGCUGCUGUGGGUGGAGGCUAUAUUGAGCCCCGAUAUGGAGCACACGGUGGAUGUCCUGUUCUUCGCUCUUACCAUGACGUCCAUGUCCGUGAAGGUCCUGAACAGCUGGCGCUACGCUCACGUGGCGCAGCGCCUACUCAACGAGUGGAGCAGCGCGGACCGCUUCCGACUGAAGACGUUGCAGGAGGCGGACAUGUGGCGCAUCGGGCACCUGCGUUUCAACCGCGUUGUCGGCCUUUACAUGAUGUGCAGUGUGGGCGUCAUCCCCGUGCUCGUCACCCCGUGCCUGUUCGCUGUACCCAACAAGCUGCCGUUUUCGAUGUGGACACCCCUAGACUUGCAGCAGCCCCUGGGGUUCUGGACUGCCUUUUCGUAUCAGGCGGUGGCCAUUCCCUUUGCCUGUCUGUGCGACAUAACCCUAAAUCUGGUCAAUUGGUAUCUAAUGCUCCAUCUGUCGCUCUGCCUGCGCAUGCUGGGUCAGCGGCUGAGUGCCCUUAAUCGCAGUGGCCUCCAGCAGGAAGAGGAGCAGCUCUGCGCCGAGUUCUUGGAGCUGGUCAGCCUCCACCGUCGGAUCAAACAGCAGGCGCUCGACAUUGAGUCCGUCAUUUCGAAGAGCACGUUUUUUCAGAUACUGGUCAGUUCCCUGGUCAUCUGUUGCACCGUCUACAGCUUGAAGAUGACUCCAGUCAUUCAGGACAUGGGAAAGUUUGCGGGCCUCAUUCAAUACUGUCUCUCAAUGGUCCUGGAAAUCCUUUCGCCCAGCAUCUAUGGCAACGAGGUAACCCAGUCCGCCGACAAGUUGCCUGAAGCCCUCUACAGCUCCGACUGGCCAGACCUUUCGCCGCGUCUGCGACGCCUGAUCUUGAUGUUUAUGAUCUAUCUGAACAGGUCCCUGUCCCUGAGGGCCGGUGGCUUCUUUUACAUGGGGCUGCCGAUGUUCACUAAGGUCAUGAAUCAGGCCUAUAGUAUGCUGGCCUUGCUGUUCAAUAUGAACAAUUAGAGAGACGAGUUCCUCUCUGAACGAAUAUUUGCUGUUUUCUGUUUCCUCGGUUUUGGAUUAGCCACGGGACUUCUCCGCUCGUUUGGAGAUUUGUUUCGUCAAUUCUUGUUGUGCAAAAAUCUAAAAAUAUAUUCUAGCAUUGCACCAAACACAUAUAUACUAGUAUUUAUGUGCACCUAUUUACGUAUGUACGCCAGCACAUAAAACGCUGAAAUGCAAGUGACGAAAAUAAAAUGAAAAUU